UCUUGCUCUCUUGUUCGACGUGUAACGUAAACACGCCGCACACGCGAUUGAGAGUCAACAAGAUGGCGGAACGAACGAUGUCAGAUCACAGCAGGCACACAAGAAUUGUUCGUAUUUUGUCUGCCCUCUUCUACGGAUUGACAUCAUUUACACUUGUUAUGGUAAACAAGAGUGUUCUGACGAAUUACAAAUUCCCAUCUUUCCAGUUCCUUGGUGUCGGACAGAUGGUCACUACAAUUCUGGUGUUAUACGUGGGUAAAAAGCUGCGCAUUGUGAGCUUCCCGGACUGGAGCAGACAGAUUAUCACAAAGAUAUGGCCUCUGCCGUUAGUCUACAUGGGCAAUCUGUGUUUUGGCCUCGGAAGCACGAAGAGAUUAAAUUUACCAAUGUUCACAGUGCUUAGGCGAUUCUCUAUUCUAUUUACAAUGAUAGGAGAAUACAUCGUUUUAGGACAUAAAGCUUCUCUGAAGGUACAGAUAGUGGUCUGCGUGAUGAUACUGGGUGCAUUUGUUGCAGCAAGUGGCGAUUUGGCGUUUGAUGCCUUAGGUUAUUUCUACAUUCUUAUGAAUGACUUUUUCACAGCUGCCAACGGGGUAUUCAUCAAGAAAAAGCUAGAAUCCAAGGAUUUGGGAAAGUACGGACUUUUGUAUUACAAUGCCCUCUUCAUGAUAGUUCCUGCUCUCUUCGUGUGCUACUCCUCCGGCGAUAUUGAGAAAGUCUGGGCGUUUCCUUUAUGGAACGAUCCCACAUUUAUUGUACAGUUUGUAUUGUCUUCCAUAAUAGGGUUUAUAUUAAUUUAUUCAGUGGUGCUCUGCACAGCGCACAACUCGCCUCUGACAACGACGUUUGUGGGCUGUCUCAAGAAUAUAAUGAUAACCUACAUUGGUAUAUUUUUUGGAGGGGACUAUAUAUUCAGUGUGGUCAACUUCGUCGGCCUCAACAUGAGUGUUGCAGGGAGUGUAGUCUACUCCUAUUUCACCUUCACGGAAAACCAAAAGCCUGCGAUGACCUCAUCGCCAGAGUCAGCGGCUGAUAAAAAGACUAACGGCAAGGGUCACUGGAAUAGGAUGAAACAAGCUUUAAUUUGAUGGGUGUGUCAAACACCUUGGAGAGUUGUGAGUAUUUUUAAUAAUUUUUGGAAGUAUGCCUAAUUAUCACUGAGGUCUAUGGGAGUCGAUUUACAGGUCUGCACCCGGAAGAUGCCAUGUGUCUGAAUCUCUGGCGCCCUCUGUUGUUAUAAACAAGACAGUUUAACCCUCCGAUCAAACUUCAAUCUUUUCAAAGCCAGCUGAAGGGAAAUAUUGAAACUUUCCUUUAUUUUUCAGUUUCCAAGAAACUGGAUUCCAAAAACAAAAAAACACUUUCUUCAUAUUCACACACAAGUCGUGUCAUUUUUGACUGCCAGAAUCUGUCGAUGGAGGGCGCUUGAGCAUUGGAUUCGCUUGUGUCUACCACUUUAUCCAAGGUACUGGUGACAGCUUAUCUUUUUUUUAUUCAAGGAAAUGCAAAGGAUUGUGGGUACUUUAACACCAUGGUCUAUGGAUGUAUAUUCCUGCUGCUGAAUAUACGGCAUAUUUAAAUAUUCGAUCAUCCAACGAAAGUGCUCUUUGCCAAAUUUGAAUAUUCCAAAAAAUGUGAGCGUAGAGCCAUGGUCUAUGAUAUAUGUGAGCAGAUUUGCUGAUUAAUUAUGCAAGACCACCUCUUGACCUCUAGAUUUUGACCAAUCAGGGGGCGCUUUCUAUAUCGGGUCUUCGGUCAUUCACUCGUUAUGGCGUCAUAGACAUGGAUAAAAAAAAAACCCAGACACAGCAAACAAAGGCUGUGGUCACGCGCUGUGUAUUAUGUUAUGCAAUACGCGCCAAGCUUGUCUAGGUUAUCUACGCUCGGCCAUUGUAAUACAAAACACUGCUUCGAAUUGACCAAGCAAACAUUUUGUCCUGAUUUGGGAACGAAAUGACGUCACGAUUUAGUAAAGUCGACUCCGAUUGGUUGAGGCGCGGGAUCGCAUAAAUCUGCAUGCUUAGAUAUAUCAGACGUUGGACCGGAGACUGGGCUCCAUGGAUAACGGGUGAUACUCUGACUAAUUUCACUCUACACCAGAAAACAAAAGUCUAGCCAACGAGGGUGCUAAGAGUUCACCAGCACCUCUGGAUAAGGCCAUGGGUACAAGUGAAGCACAUGACUAGAACAUGACGUCAGUAUUCAGAAUUUUUGGGCAAUAUUCAAUGGAAAUGUUCAUUUGUGAGCUGCAAAUUAAUGGCUUGUAGAAUGGUGUAUUCCAAGCAACUAACACUUCAUUUUGUAGCAGUGUUUUAGAUAAACCCUGAAUGAGGCGUAUUUAUGACGCACAAGCUUGGUAGAGGGGGCCAGUCACAUUAACAUUGUUGUCCAAUGGUUUUCAAUUUUUGUCACUACUUGGGAACCUACAGUAUAUCCUCCAAAAAUUGUCCGUCUAACUAUUUUUGAAAUAACUACUUAACCAUUUAGCAGCCCUUUUUACAACAUGAAGGAACAGCACUGAAAUUCAUUAAGGCAACCUUGGUCUGAGCGUCCAGUAAUAAUGUUGCUGCGAUCAAUUGACUUUUUGUGGUAAUACGUGACUGAAAUUAAAUGAAACUCGUAGGGCAAAGUCGACUAGUUACUACAGAAAAACUAGGUGAAUAUACAGGGUGGAU